UAAAAUUUUGCUUCAGUAUUUUGCAACGUUGUUUGCAUUUUAAAACUAAAGACAUGUCAAAAGAAAAUUUGUAUGAGAAUCCUUCAAAUCGUGGCAGUUUGGAAGCAGAAACCAGCGCUACGAAUAACCGUGAUGAUGGAAUUAUUGAUGAGCGAGAUGUCGAUCAAACUUCAUCGGAUGAAAGUCAGAGUUCCGACGAGGAUGAAACAGAUCUGGACGAAAGCGAUAAACACGAGGAUGGAAAGACUUCAAUGAGACAAGAAAUCCAAAAACUACCUAAAAAGAAAAGACAGAGAAUGGAACGUGAACUAAUGUUUGGAAAAUUUACUGCAGAAAUAGGCUGGAAACUGAUUCUAUCAAUCACAGUUUACGUGUUUGCAAUGUCUGCUCUCGUCGGCACAUUUGCAGUUUUUAUAUUUGUAGAGGGAAAGGAUAGAAAAGUGCCCGGUCCCCCAGCGUUUCCAGAACCCGAUCCCGUCAUAGAGAAAGCAAAUGAAAUGUAUGCCGACCUCAAUAAGAAGAUUGACGCCAUGCAAAAGCGAAUCAAAGAGAAGAAAGAUCGUGUUAUCAGUGCCAUAAACAAUCAAACAAGGGAAAUUAUGAAAAAAAUGUCAGGAAAGCGUUUGGUGGAAAGGGUUAAGCAUGUCUCAAAAAACCUUGCGGCUCGCAUGGAUGAAAAAGAAGCUAAAUUUAAAUUGAAGUUACUGGAACACAAGACCGCUAUUGAACAACAAGCAAGAGAGCACCAACAAAAGACUUCAGCAACUUUGGCUGCUCUUGAUGAUAGCAUAAUGACUUCUUUCACAAAGCAGGGGAUGAAAAUAGAUGAGGCCACGAGAGAAUUGACCAAUGAGUUGGUGAAUUCUACAUCAGAGCAGGGAAAAUUACUUGGUGGAAAAAUGGAAAAAGUUUUAGACGCUGUCAAUAAAGGAAUAAAUGACAUGGACGCCAACUACACAGCUCAAAUUGGGGGCUUUUACGGUAACAUUGAGGGCAACAUGUUGGGUUUUCUGACCGAUAUGAGAGCCAGCAUAGCUGGAGAAGCGUUGAAAGUCAAUCAGAAAGUAUUGGCUUUCAAGAAUACAAUCAAUUCUACGACAGACAGGAUUGAAAAAAGUCUGGGAAAAAGGAAAUCAGGUUGGUUUAAAAUGAAUUUUUUUAAAUUCAAAUCUACGUUAAAUAGUUCUACUGUGAUUAUUACUAUUGGAAAAACGUUAUAUGUUUGCCUUGCAAGAAAACAUAGAAUGUUGGCAUGGAAAGUUGCGCUAAUCACGUUACUCAUAUUUUCGAGCAAUUUUGUAAUCCGGUAA